AUGGGAGGUAGGAGUGGCCAUCAAAUUCCAGGCCUGCCCACAAAUUCCAGGCUUGCCCACAGCCUUCUCAAUCAAUUCUCUGUUUGGAAUUUAUUGAUAGGGAAAUUUGAGCAGGCAGUGGUUGUAAUUGAGAUUGAAAUACCCUCUGUUGUUUCUGUUUUGACAAUGGAUGAUUUAUUUCCAAACCUUCCAGAAGAAUUAGGUCUUGAGUGUCUGAUGAGAGUUUCAUACCAAUGGCACAAGCAUCUCAGAGCUAUGAAUAAACAGUGGAGGGAAGCAUUGCACAGCAAUCGGUUCUAUCAAGACAGAAAACGCUACAGCAUUUGGGAGCAAAUCAUAUGGUUGAUUCAAGACAACAGAAGGGUAUUUCUAUACUACCCUCUCAAAAACUCAUGGGAAAUACUGCCUCCAGUUCCCAUCAUCUCUGGAUUCUGUGGGUGUUGUUCUAAGUGCAUUUGUGUCAACCAUAAGCUAAUCAUCAUGGAGGGUUCUGUAGCAAAAACAAAAAUGAAAGUUCACUCUGUUUUUCUUUAUGAUUUUAGAUCCUCCAAAUGGUCCAGGGGUGCCGAUAUGCCCACAGCGAGAGCUCACUUUGCCUGCUCUGCAUCCCCUGAAGGCCUGAUUUACAUUGCAGGAGGGAUGGACAAUGAUGAGAAAUCUGAAUAUGGGGCAGCGGUUUAUGAUGUUGAACAAAACAAAUGGGGGAUGCUUCCUGAUAUGAAUCAAUCGGGAGGUUUUACUGGAGCAUUUCUUGAUAACAAAUUUUGGGUUACGAAGGGCAACUUGCAGGAGGUUUUUGAUGUAAAUACAAGAACAUGGACGUUACAGGAAAAUGCAUCGCAAUGUAUGAAUGAUGGAAAGUUUGUAGCAGCAUUUGGAAAGAUCUAUUCCUUUAUGGGAAGAGAAGUUUGGGAGUAUGACACUAAACAGAAUUCUGAAAAGCCAGUAGAUAUACUACCUUCAGAAGUUUCCAUUGUCUGGUGUGUUACUUUGUGGGGAGACAAGAUAUUUGUGUGUGCUAGUGAUGUAAAUGGAAGUGCUUCUUUCUAUUUUUACAGUCCUCCCAGAGCAGAAGCCACAACAGCAACGAAGGAGGGGGAGAGGUUAGUUCGUAUUGAAGGGCAUCCGCGAUUCAAUGGUCGAUUUUACAAAACAGGGACUGUGCAGGUUUGA